GUUCCCAGCUUGAAGCCCAGCGCGGCGGCCGAGCCGGCCGGGGGCCGCCUCUGGCAGCCCCGGGCCGGACGCCCCUGUCCCCAGCAGCCGGGGCAGGAUGGCGCUGAAGCGGAUCCAGAAGGAAUUAACCGACCUGCAGAGGGACCCUCCUGGCCCGAGCUCCGCAGGACCUGUGGGAGAUGAUCUGUUCCACUGGCAGGCCACCAUCAUGGGCCCGAAUGACAGUCCUUACCAAGGAGGAGUUUUCUUCCUGACCAUCCAGUUUCCUACAGAUUAUCCUUUCAAGCCCCCAAAGGCAGUGGGCUCCGGUAGAUGUUUACCAGCAUGGUCCCUCCACACUUGGGCCCAGAUGCCUUCAAGACACAGCUGCCCUCAGAGUGUGAAGGACACUGACCAUUUGGAGCCCUGCUUUCAUGCCCUGGAUCUGCUAUCCAAGCGCACCAGGAGAGCAUCAAGAAGUAAAGAAGAUCUGAGUCUAUCCACGUGCAAGAACAGUAUACAGCCUUGUGUGAAUGACAGAGCAAUUUGCUAAGGAGAAGAGAGAAGAGUUCUAGGAAUGACCUGUGGAGACAUCUCACAUUCUCAAACCAAGGAACAACCAACAAGAGGGAGAUGGCCAAAAGGAAAUAGGAACUCAGGAAAAGCAGGAGUGGGAGGGAGAGGGACGUGGACAGGAUCUACACACAGCAGCCAGAGGGACAUUUUUAUUUUUAAAUAAAUAUAUUUAUUUAUUUAUUUAUUUUUGGCUGCGUUGGGUCUUCGUUGCUGCGCGCGAGCUUUCUCUAGUUGCAGUGAGCGGGGGCUACUCUUUGUUGUGGUGCGCGGGCUUCUCAUUGCAGUGGCUUCUCUUGUUGCAGAACACAGGCUCUAGGCGCACAGGCUUCAGUAGUUGUGGCAUGUGGACUCAGCAGUUGUGGCACACGGGCUCUAGAGCACAUUUCUCGGUCUGAGCGCAGGCUCAGUAGUUGUGGCGCAUGGGCUUAGUUGCUCUGCAGCAUGUGGGAUCUUCCCGGACCAGGGCUCGAACCCGUGUCCCCUGCAUUGGCAGGCGGAUUCUUAAGCACUGCGCCAUCAGGGAAGUCCGCAGAGGGACAUUUUUAAAAUAUCCCUGGAUCAGGGACUUCCCUUGUGGUCCAGUGGUUAAGACUCCGUGCUCCCAAUGCGGGGGGGCGGUGCCCGGGUUCGAUCUCUCGUCAGGGAACUAGAUCCUGCAUGCCACAACUAAGAAAGAUCCUGCGUGCCACAACUAAGACCCGGCGCAGCCAAUAAAUAAAUAAAUAAACAUAAAAACAUCCCUAGGUUACAUCCUCUCUGUUUAAAGCCCUCCAGGGAUUCCAUCACACCGAAAAAUAAAGUCCUCCCCCUGACCCACAGGGUCCUACAGGAUCCAACCCACACCCGUGCCUCCUUCCCUCUCUUUUUCUCUGGGCUCCCACCUCAGAGCUCCAGCACCUCUUGUUCCCUCUGCCUGGAACACCUCCCUCCAGAUCUUCCACAGCUGCAUCCCCCACCCUCCCACCCCCAUAUCCAGGCUCUGCUCCUGUGUUACCUCUGGGAGGCCUUCCCUGAUCUGUCAAGCUGAAAUAUGCUACCACACACUAGAGCAGCAAGUGGAACCCUAAUGUCCCCACCUUCCCACACCAGGGACCCCUCAGCCUUCUUUCAGUGGAGCCCGGGUCUCCCUGCUCUUCACUCAUCAGUGUGGAUGGACCUGGUCACCACACUGAGCUGACCUAGCGCCAGAACAAAGGGACCUGCCUCUUUGGUCUGCACAGCCUGAUUCAGGCAAGGUAGGGCCUCCCCCGGUUGACUAAAGUGUUGAAGAGUGCUCCCUAGUAGGCCUUCGGGAUCCAGGGCCCCCAGGCUGGGGGCUGGCAACCAAGUGGAUGAAGGAAACUGGGAACUAGGACGUGUUUAAAUAGGAACAUUCCCAGAGAAAGAAGAGAAAACAAAGACACGUGGAGCCAAAGAAAAUAAGGAACAAGAACAACACGACUGUCUGUGGGUUGAACUCCCCUGGAAUAUGGAGGCUAAAGGGACUGGGGUGGAUCAGAAAGUCACCUGAAGGUCAGGUCUGAGGAAAAAAAGGACAGCAGAGAUGUUACUGAAGACAAAAAAAAAAAAAAAAGACUAGAAAUCGGGAGAGCUGGGAGGCCUCCAUUUACUAGAGUUCAUUUUUCCGAUGUAAACACAUUAGCAAAGUCAAAGUGGAGAAACGAGGAGACCUGUACACUGCAGAAGAUCCAGGGUGGUUGGGGAGUGAGGAGGGCUGCAGACAGAGCUGCUGAAGGCAAGGAAUAUUUGGCCAGGACCGAAGGUUUCCCCAGGGUGGGACCAGGUAACUGCUCUGCCCAUCAGAGAGAUGUCAGAGUUUCUGCCUGUAAGACAAGCAACAGUAAUGUGAACAGAAAUGAAAAUGGACAUAACAAAUGAAAAGUAUUUGUGUCCAAAUAAGGUUUACAAGCCCUUAAAUGCACAGUCCAGACCCCAACACCUUAAGAUUUUGGUAACUGAUUUGGCAGCAAAAUCUGACCUGAACUGCCAUGAGGCUAUUUAGAGUCUUUCUAUAACCCACUUAACUGAUUUUUCAGACGUCACUGCAGAAAAAUGAACACGUUUGAUUACCAGACUCUGCUCGGGAUCCUGUGGUAGAGUUCAUAGAGUAUAAAGGGUAUAUGCGAUAUUUUCUGAAAGCUGAAUGACUCAAUUCCAAAGCAUGGAAUUCUAAGGGGCUAUGGGACUGUGGAUCUGAAUUUUAGGAAAGUGGGGGAGUUCUCUAGGGCAGAGAAGGAAGCUUUGAGCUGCUGUGGGCCGGGCAUGUGUCUCUGUUUCCCUCCAGGUAGGUCAGUCAUAGUCAGGUGCAGGUUGAGGCAUGGUGGGCCCCUUCCAUCAGGCAGCCAGGGCCUGGAAAGAACCAGGACCUUGACGGAGCAGGACCCUAUGGGGCCUUCCCGGGGCAGACACCCCGCCCCUGCCACCGUGUCCUCUGCCUGCCUCUUGUCUUUAGAAAAACUUUAGCCUCCUAGGCCUUCCCUGAGUUCCAAAGAAUAAAUUUAAUCAGAGAAGUGAGAAAAUGCAGAAACAAAGGAAAACAGUCAAGCAAGACAAAAUAAUAAUAGUUUAGCCACUAAGCAAAGUCAAGGCCCUUUACUGCCUCCUCAAGGGCUACAGAUAUUAUUUGGAGCCAUAUCCUUGAGCUAUUUUUUGCAGAUACUGAAGCCCCCACUAGGUGGAAGAAGUUGACCGCGUGCUGCCCACAACCCAGACUGGUUGGAACCAGAAGGUUGACGAUGUUGAUUACCAGUUACCUCACCACCAACCAAUCAGAAGAAUGCCCACGAGCUGACCACACACCCCUCAGCCCCCUUGCCUCACCCUAUCUUAAAACCUUUCCCUGAAAGCCAGUGGGGGGGAGCUCAGAUCUUUUGAGCGUUAGCUGCCUGGACUCCUUGCUUUGGCGCCCUGCAAUAAAUGCUGCACUUUUCCU